UUCGCACGAUGAUGUUUGCCAUUAUUUGAACGCUAAUGAGACACGAUCGCGUCGCGCCAGAUGACUUCGGACUCUCUUUCAUCGAUACCGUCGCCUUGUUCUUCGUCAGAGCAUUCAAGGCAUUGAAAUGAGUCGAAGAAACAAUGUACGAGGUCCCACGUCGGCUUUGACGGAGUUUCUAAAGGAGUCCGGCAUCACACCAACGACCAUUGCGCGUCGUGCUAGGACACGUCAGGUGGAACAACCUGCACAACUCGAAGCGGGGCCUAGCAAUGCUCAACAGAACGGUGAUCAGCCGGAAUCGGGUCCCCGUGGGACUAACGGGAAUGCUGAGGAAUACGCAUCAGACCAUCUCGACGAGACAGAUGAAGAACAGCCAGCCCAGAAAAAGCGGAAGAUGACCAAGACUGCAGAAGCUAAGGAAAAGGCUAAAGCUAAAGCCAACGCGAAAAAGAAGAAAGGCGACGACGAAGAUUUCGAAGACAGUGAUGAGGACGAGGACGCGUACACCGCUUUGUCAAAGAUGUGGAAGGACAACAGUAAGCCCCCUGUGGGAAGCUUCGAGAAUUGUGCGCGCUGCAAUAAGCAGUUCACCGUGACUAAAUAUACCAUGGCAGCAAAUCCGCCUCCAGGGUUUUUAUGCCAUCUUUGUGCCAAGGCUUCAGGAGCAGAUCCAUUCAAGAAGCCUGCAGCGCCCAGGAAACGCAAAGCAGCAACCGAAAAGAGAAACGUUGUUCACUUCGAAGAGCGCCGUUUCCCAAGUCUGGCAUCCUUGUGUAUAAAGAUCAUCAGUCAUUACAUUGACGACGUCGAGGCUCUUGGUGAUAUAGGUAGCAUCAACCUAGAUGAGCUUGCGAAGUCGCUUGCGCGUAACCGCAGCUUGACUCCCCAGAACGCACCCCUUUUCUACAAUGUAGAGAACACGAACUUGACGCUGUAUGAUGUUACACACUUAACUCCGCCUGCGUUCAACACUUUGGCGGCAUUGAAUCCCAACCUAACUUCUCUCCGACUGGACUUCUGUGGUCGCAUUGACGAUACCGUCAUGGACAGCUGGACAACAUCUUUGCCGCACCUCAAGCGUAUCGAACUCUUAGGUCCUUUCCUCAUCCGAAUAGCAGCCUGGAAGAAGUUUUUUGAGACCCACCCUAACCUCGAAGGAUUCUUGAUCACUCAAAGUCCUCGAUUUGAUCUUGAGUGCACCAAGGCCAUGGUCGAUAACUGCAAGAACAUCAAAGAACUUCGUCUGAACGAGAUCGGCAAGAUGGAUGACGCAAUCUUAAACGAAAUCAAACAGUACGGCGAACAGCUCACGUACCUUGAGAUUGCGUACCCAGGUGUACCUGAAGCGCUUUCGGACGAUGUUGUCGUUGAUCUUAUGAGCGCUGUCGGAGCAAGCCUCAAACACCUGAAUUUGUCCAACAACGUUAACUUGACAGAUGGUUUCCUAUUCCAGGGCUUGAAACCUCACGCAAGACAGCUAUCCACGCUCGUUCUUGCGAACCUGCCCGAACUGACUGAUGCGGGGGUCGCUGAAUUUUUCGAUACUUGGAAGGCAGCUGUCCAGGAUCACCCUAACCGGGCUUUGGUCAACCUUGACUUGUCACGAAACCACGAGCUUUCGGAUAAAGCUCUUAUUUCUCUUCUGAAACACUCCAAGAAGAGCCUGACGAACCUAAAUAUAAAUGGCUGGAAGACAACCUCACAGGAGGUAUUGAAAGGUAUCGCCAGGCAGUGUCCUCGCCUGCAGAAGCUAGAUAUCAGCUGGUGCAGAGAGGUCGAUGAUUGGGUUAUCAAGGAACUCGUGGAGAAAUGCGAUAAGAUCCAAGAAGUCAAGGUGUGGGGAUGUCAACGGCUCAGUCUCCAAUGCCCUCGCAAGCGCGGCGUCACCAUUACUGGUGUCGAGAUCCAUGUGGCUGCAUAAAAUUUCUUCUGCAUUCUCGCUCGGAUGAGACACUGGUGUCCUUUUUUUUCGAGCAUCAUAGACCUUCUUUUCAUUCAAAUUGGGUGGAUUGGAUAUAAUGUAAUGUUUCCCUGGCUUGUUGUAGAUUAUUUUUUGGUUCGUUUUUGAAUAAGGUGCAAUUUCAUCUUGAUUCAAUGAAAGAUCAUAUACAAACGCGAUCACUUGGAAUUUCAUUUGCUAGGUUUUCUCGCUAUCGCUAUGGUUCAUACUGAUGUGAAGUCUUCAAACUCGUUUACUAUGUAGGUUUAGCUGCAGAUUGUUCAAAUUCCAGGACAUAAAGUGCACUUUACAGUGUAUAUCUAUGGGGCACGGCUUUGAAGACGGCCAGGAAAGAGCUAGACAAAGAGCUUUUCUGCCCUAUUGGAACUAACGUUGAACGUAGCUAGCCUUGCAAACGUAGACGCUGCAGUCUUUCUUUCGGCAUUUUUGAAUUGGAUAAUUUCUGAGCAAUGUAUGCAUAUUGCUCAGAGUAGUAGUAAAGCCUAAACAACAAU